GCAGAUAAGGUAUUCUGAUAAGUACAAUCACCAUCAUAAUUUUUAUAUGUAAAUACUUCUUCAACAAUAUGCGGAUUCUUCUCAUUUCAACUGAUUCCUUGAUCGUGCUAACCGUGUUUUCAACUUUACUAUUACACACAACAGGUAUUUGGUCACCUUGGAUCGAUUGGUCGGUAUGUCCGAAAUCUUGCCAAAAAGAUGAACAAAUAAGAGUUCGCGUCUGUCUCAACAGCAGCUGUGAGGUACCUGAAACGCAGCAUAGAGAAUGCGGUCAAUCAUGCGAUGGGGAAAAUCAACUGGUUUUUCAGUGGGGCACAUGGGUUGUCGGAGGGUUCUCGUCAAAACCCGAAAAAUGGCCGUGGCAAGUUCUUAUCAUAACUGAACUCGAUGGUAAAUGGCAACAAUGUGGAGGGACAUUGAUAACAGAUUCUUGGGUGCUCAGUGCGGCGCAUUGCUUUUUAGAUCCAUUUGGAAACAAUUGGAAUAUUCAAAGAAUUACGUUGGGAACAAUAAAGAGAAACGGAAUUGAUUAUCGGGCGGUUAAUUUUACAAAUGCAUCAAUUGUUCACGUGCACGAAGAUUUUCACAACCGAGUUUAUCUCAAUGACAUAUCACUAAUCAAACUAUCAACACCGGCAAAUGCAAACACUAACGGGCAUAUCCAACCUGCAACUCUUCCUGUGCACAAUGAAACAGUGUUAGCAGGAACGUCAUGUGUAGUUACGGGCUGGGGAGCUGCAGCCUCGAAUUGAAACAGAGGUUAUUUAUUUUUUCCAUAUUAUGAAGUAAAUAUUCUAUAUUAUGAUAAAACAAAGUUGAGUGCAACCGCAGAAUGCUUAGAAAAGAGUACGCAAAUCUAUAUAAAUAAAAAGUAAUUAGUAAAACUCAAAUAUAUUUCAUAGGGCACCCACGACUAAAGGUAAUUGCUUAUUAGA